CAACAGGUUGUUGGUCGGUGAGUAACAUCAUUAUCGACAAAUUCCGUCGGUCCUAACAAUAACUUCAGGCGGACUUUGCCCGUCGUUCCGGGUUUUCAAAAUAAACUCGCUAGGUCGCUGAUUUCUAACGGCUCGCUCAUGGUCGACUGUUAGCUCAGUUGCUAACUGACGCGGCUAAUCCGGGGAGUUACGUCUGCAGCUAAUAGGAAGCUAACAGCUGCCAUGGUGGAGCAGCGGGCGGCGGCUGUCUGAGCCGACCGUGGCAGCCGUUAAGGUGGGUGCACUGUGGGUAGUGACGUGACUUGUAUGUUAGCGUCUCUGUUGACAAAACACAACCAAAACAGCUGCUCGAUGUGACAGAGCAAGCGGCGUAUGUUGGUCUCUAGUGAUUAAUGGCGUGAAUGAUGUGAAACUUUACUGUUCAACUUCCGCCUGUUUGUUUUUCUAAUGUCUCACGUUGCUGAAAUCUCAGGUGUCAGUUUUGUCCAGUGAUUGCAAUGGUGUUGGUGACCAGUAUGCUUCAGGGUCCAUAUGGCAGUUUGGACCGGGAUCGACACCUCGUCCGGCUGCCCAUCACUGGCUUCGCAGUCGGGACCGUGCUACUUCCGCUUGGUGGGCUUCUCGUUUGCCUCUUCAUCUCACUGAUGUAUCACUUUGAGGAAGCCACGUACACACACUGUAAGGUUACAAACUACCUCCCGUCCAUAAGUGCCGCCAUCAGUCGGGUCCCGGAGCGAUACAUCUGGCGCUGCUGCAUUGGACUCCACUCUGCUCCCCGCUUCUUGAUGUCAGCAGUUUAUUUUAACUUCUACAGGAGUCACUUUGGCACCAAACUGGUAGAACUGGGGCUGUGUGUCCUGGUCUUGAUAUGCAGCCUUGUGGAGAACUCGGGCCUCCUGCUGCUCACCUAUGUGUCUUCGACUGAGACUUAUGUUGUUCAUAAAAACGGCUUCAUCGCCUUCAUCGCCAGUUCGCUGCUGCACAUGCUCGGCACCUGUCGACUGUGGCAGGUGAUCCAGAGGUUCCACAUCAACUCUGAGGAAGUGACGUCGUAUAGGUGGAAAGUUCGACUCUUCAUCUUCAACGUCGCCUGUUGUUUAGCCGCUGCCUACUUUUUCAGACGCCACAAUAAGUUCUGUGAGGGAGGAUUCUACACGCUGUUCGCGCUCUGCGAGUACCUAGUGGUGUUCUCCAACAUGGCGUUCCACAUGACGGCGUUCUGGGACUUCAGGAGUGAAGAAGUGACGGUAGCCACGCCGCCUGAGGACAAGCGCUACUGACCACUGCCGCACCCGACCAGGGGGCUCGCAGUCAUCACCAGAUACUGACAUUCCAACAGACUUGUAUUUGUUAGUCUGCCAAAACAACAUUUUUUUAAGAAUUAAAUUUACGCAAUUUCCGGACUAUAAGCUGCUACUUUUUUCUAACGGUUUGAACCCUGCAGCCUAUACAAGGGUGUGGCAAAUAUAUUGAUUUUUACAGGCUGAAGUCAGAUGAAAUCGGAGGCUUUUUAUUUGCCUUUUAAGCACUCAAAACGCGCUGUUUUCGCCCGCGUGUUGGCAACUCCGGCAACAGAGCUGAUCUCCUGGAGGACUGGAGACAAGAAGCAACUGCGGCUGUGGUAUUGGAGCUUCAUACACGCGGACGAAAACAGCACGUUUUGAGCGCUUUAAUGUGAAUGCUUCGUGAUUCAAGUUGAGAACAUUGCCCAGUUUGUUUCACGAGUCAGUCUCCAUGCUUGGACCCCAUAAGUCUAAUUCUGAAAAGUGUUUUUAAGCCGUGUGCAGCACUGCACCCACGGCUUGUUGACCGCUGCAGCUCAUGUAUGAACAAGAUCUAUUUUCCUUCUCAAAUUCAGCGAGUGGCUACUAUUCCCAUUAUACUGCACUCUGUAGUCUGGAAAUCAUGACAUAUUGAAAACAAAUGCAGUGUUAUUGUGUUCAUUGCGUUGUGUAGUAAGAUGUUUGUGAUUUGAUCGAUCUGUAGUCACUGCGUACUUAAUCCCAGGGAAGAAUAGAAAACGAUAGUCUCCUUUCUUGACUGUAGCUGUUGCCUUUUUACUUGACGCCUUGAAGUGACUGCAGUCAUAACUGGAAAACAAGGGACGUCCCAGAGAAACACUGUUAUCUGUGGUGUUGCUCAUGUCAUGACAAUAGAACUCACACAGGAAAUGGUGUGCCUCUU